AUGGACGAUCCAUCUUUGAAUCAAUUACCUUCAGAACAAAGGUAUGCUCUCCUCAACGAUGGCUUAAAAUGUCAUAUGCAACAGGGUCGGGAUGAUUGCUGCAAGCAUAAUGGGGACAAUUUAAGGAUAAUAUCACAAGUGUGGUUGGGGAAUGAUAUAAACUUGGGCAAGGAAAUUGAGCAAAGAUAUUGUUAUGCAUGUAAAAUGAAGCAGAGGGAGCCCAAUGGUGAGUGGUGCCACUUCUUUUAUUAUUGGUUAGGUGAUAAAAUUAGGGGGAAAUUAAAUUAUCGUUUAUAUAGGGAUAUCAUGAAACCAAUUUACCAUGGACUGGAUAAAUUAUCAACUGGGAAUAAAUGUACCAAUAUAUACGAUGAUAUUGGCGAUUACAUUUUCGAACAGAGUAGAAUAUUCUUCGACUGUUAUUAUAACAAUAGUGCUUUACGCGGGAAGCUGGACUCUAGUACACAUACCCAAUGUAAGAAGUAUAACGAGCAGCUGGUAAAAGUUAAAUCAGCAUAUGAGAAGUUAUGUGAACAAUGUAAGGACAGUGGUGAUAAGUAUUGUGAGCAAUUCAGAAGGACGGAGGUAGGUUGUGAGACGCAGAAUCUACAACCAUUAACAUGCCCCGAAGAAGAGACCGUAUCGGACAGGGACUCACCAGAUGAUGACGAUGAAAGUCAUGAAGUAUUAGGGGGUGAAAAGUUGGAAGGAGUGAAUUCAGCAUUAAAGUAUUAUGAUGAAUUAGAUAUAGGCGCAGACAGUUGUGAUAAUGAUAAUAUUCUUGAUACUAUGAAGGAACUAUUGAAGCAACAUAUAGUAUAUGAUACUCCUGCAGAUAAAAUUGUAAGGGGGUGGUGUUCUGCGUUCGAAAGAAGGGACCGAAGUAUUUCGAUAAGUGAGUAUUCCCAUGCAUUAUACUACUGGAUUGGGGGUAUAUUAUUGAGUGGUCAGUGGAAUGUUUAUGAUUUAGCGGACCUCAUGAAGGAACUUUAUCAAGAAUUAGAAAGGUGGAAGCCAAUAGCAGGAUGUAAUAACAUAUACCCUAAUAUUACCAAGGACAUUUUCAAUGAACGAAAACAAAUAUUUGAAUACCUUCAAGAAUAUAACACUAUGAAGGAACAAUUAACAAAAAGGACGGGGUCUCCAUCCACUCCCAUACCAAAAUGUACAAAGGCUUAUGCUGACCAUUUGAAAGAAGUAAUUGAUGCCCUCACAAAGGAGCACACUAAAUGUAGUGGACCAGAUAAAGGUGAUAGUGAUCCAUAUUGUACGGAUUUCCUAAAAAUGUGUCAACAAUGUACCCCUCAAGAAUUGUCCAAUUUGAAAUGUGAAGUACCAAAGGAACUUGAACACCAAACUACCCAAACUGAAGACUCCACAACAUCGUCAUCCUCCACUGGGGACGUACCUCCCAGCGGAAUGGACAGUACCACCACUACUACCACCAUUGCAAUUCCUUCCAUAUUAGGAGCAGUUGGGAUGCCUACAAUUGUCAUGUUUCUCUUAUAUAAGGUACAAUUAUAA